GGAGCGACUGGAGGAUCAUGGGAAAUUCUGUGCUUGGUGGACUCGAGCAUCCUGAGACAUUCCCUCCUGGGGAUACUGGAGCAUCAUUGGACAUUCUGUGCUGGGGGACUAGAGCAUUGUGGGAAAUUCUCUGCCUGACAGACUGGAGCAUCAUGAGGAUUCAGCUCUUUGGGUUGGAGCUUUAUACAAGUACUAAGGAGUAUAUAAUAUACAAUAUAUUUACUGAGGGAGCUGGGUCGGCAGGAGUGGGGGCUGCGGCUGCCAGGGAAGCAGGAGCCUGUGGGGCCAGGCCUAGGAGCGAGAGGUGGACUGGAAGGCUGCUGCCUCAGGACCUGGCACUGAGGCCUCCCCAUGACUGUGGGGACUGCUGGGGUGCCUGCAUUUGGAGCCAGGAAGCCGGUCACCAUAUAGACUCCCAGCCAUUUAUAUCCUGCAUAUUAAUAAAGCCGUGCCGGCAGCUGUCUUUGUCUCUAUUCCCGUGCUGCGGCCAGUCCCACUGCAGGACCCAGCUAUGUGCCAGCAUCUUCCACGCUUGGUUUGUCCAAGCGCCCAGCCUCCACUGAGAACGGGGCCUGGAGAUAUCCCAGCCCCCGAGCACAGGAUGGAGCAGUGCAGGGCCUGUGACACCCCAGGAACGCCAGAGCCAGAGCCGCCCCAUCCUCCAUAAAAGACUGGAAGGGACCGUGAGAGGUUGUCUAGUCCAGUCUCCUGUGCUCCUGGCAGGACUAAGUAUUAUCUAGACCAGCCCUGACAGAUGUUUAUCUAGCCUGCUCUUAAAUAUCUCCAAUGAUAGAGAUUCUACAACCUCCCUGGGCAAUUUAUUCCAGUGCUUAACCAUCCUGACAGGAAGUUUUUCCUAAUGUCCAACCUAAACCACCCUUGCUGCAAUUUAAGCCCAUUGCUGCUUGUCCUGUCCUCAGAGGUUAAGAAGAACCAUUUUUCUCCCUCCUCCCUGUAACAGCCAUUUAUGUAUUUGAAAACUGUUAUGUCCCCUCGGUCUUCUGUUCUCCAGACUACACAAACCCAAUGUUUUCAAUCUUCCCUCAUAGGUCAUGUUUUCUAAAUCUUUUAUCAUUUUUGUUGCUUUUCUCUGGAUUUUCUCCAAUUUGUCCACAUCUUUCCUGAAAUGUGGUGCCCAGAAAAGGACUCAGUACUCCAGCCCAUGCCAUUGUCUGUUGGGUUUGAAGAUGCGCUCGGCCCCAUCCCCUCGGCUGCCCUGAAAGAGCUGGACUGAAGCAUGUGAUCGCUGGCACCAUGGAGGAGGUGGACUCCCGGUCGCCGUCCCCACACAAGGCAGUGGACUCCAGCCCCGCCAGCUGCGCAGCCCUGCCAUCUCCCCCACUCCAGCAGGAGCCUCCGCCGUCCCCCCUGCCCGAGGAGCUGUCCCCUGGCGAGGGCGACAACUCGGCCUUCAACGGAGAGCUGGACCUGCAGCGCUACUUCAAUGGGCCAGGGCCCGCGCUGGGGGCAGGCGGGGGGCGCAAAGCCCGGCCCUACCCCUGCGCCGUCUGUGGCAAGCGCUUCCGCUUCAACAGCAUCCUAGCACUGCACACGCGGAUUCAUGCCAGCGAGACCCCCUUUACCUGCCCCUACUGUGGGCACCGCGCUGCCCAGCGCGGCCUCCUGCGGCUCCAUCUCCGCUCCCACCGCCCCGAGGCCUGCGCCCGCCUCAGCCACCAGAGCCGCCUGCUGCUGGAGCUGGAGGAGCGGGCACUGCUGCGGCGGGGCCCGCCAGCCGCCAGUGAGGGAGAGGAAGAAGAGGAGGAAGAGGAGGAGGAGGAGCCCCCCCCGCUGCCUAUCCCCCCACCAGCCCCGCCCCCUGCCCCCCCGUCACCCCCACCGCCGCUGCCUCCCCCCAGCUUCCGCUGCCCCUUCUGCAAAGGCAAGUUCCGGACGGUGGGUGAGCGGGAGCGACACCUGCGGAUCCUGCACCAGCCCUACAAGUGUGGGCAGUGCCCCUUUGCCGCUGCCCAGGAGGUGGAGCUGCAGCGGCACAGCCGGGAGGCCCACGCCCCCCCGGCACCCCCAGCCCCUGCCGCGCCGCCCCCCGCCGAGUUCCGCUGCCAGGUGUGCGGCCAGGCCUUCACCCAGUCCUGGUUCCUCAAGGGGCACAUGCGCAAACACAAGGACUCCUUUGACCACAAGUGCCAGGUCUGCGGGCGCUGCUUCAAGGAGCCCUGGUUCCUCAAGAACCACAUGAAGGUGCAUCUCACCAAGCUGGGGCUGAAGGGGGAGCGGGGUGCGGCCGUGCCGGCGGCCGGCGGGAAGCCCAAGGCGCCUCGGGGGCUGCUGCUGGGCUACGAGGCGCUGUACCCUGCCUUCCUGCCGCCCCCGGACAAGGCCGAGCAAGGCUCCUUCCUGGGCUACUUGGAGCUGCGCCCGCCGGGCGAUGCCAGCUGCGCCGAGCGGCUCCAGGCCACGGCCCGCGCAGUGGAGAGCGGGCAGGAGGCGGUUGCCCAGCUGUGGGGCGAGCGCCGGCGGCACAAUGGGAGUGAGGCGGCCAGGGAGGAGGGUGGCGCCGGCGUGGGACAGCACCGCUGCCCCGACUGCGCCCGGGCCUUCGCCACGUACCAGCAGAUGGCCCUGCACAGCCGCAGCCACCGGCCCCAGGAUGGUGACUGGGCCAGGGGCCGGGCCCUGGGGGCGCUGGCCUCACUCCAUGCGGCAGCGGGACACGGGCUGCCCACAGAUGGCGGGGGUGGCUCCAACACAGGCACCGGCUGGGGCACAGCCCUACCCAGCCCGGGGAUACAGGAGGAAAAGGGGCUGCGCAGCGGGGCCCUGCGUCCGGAUGGGAGCCGUGGCACGUCAGGCAAAGACUGUCCCUACUGCGGGAAAACCUUCCGCUCCUCCCACCAUCUCAAGGUGCAUCUGCGCGUCCACACAGGCGAGCGCCCGUACAAGUGCCCACACUGUGACUACGCUGGCACCCAGUCUGGCUCUCUCAAGUACCACCUGCAGCGCCACCACCGUGAGCAGAAGAACAGCGCUGGCGCAGGCGCGGCCAGGGCCUUGGAGCCACGGGGCCGCACCACUCCCAGUGCCCCCGCCAAGCCGCCCGCCUUCCCGCCGGAGCUGCUGCUGCAGGCAGCCGAGAAGUACCGCGGGGCUUUCCUGCCGCAGGCCUGGGGCACGGCCAGCCAUGAGCCCCCAGCCCGGCCAUCCCGCCGCAAGCCGGCCUGCACUGGCCGAGCCCUGCGCAAUGGCCGGGCCGACUUCGAGCCGCUGGACCUGUCGCUGCGGCCGGCGCUAGAGGGGGUGCCGCCUGGUGAGCUCACCCUGCACCGAUGUCUCUUCUGCCCCUUUGCCACCUCCGCUUCUGAGCUCAUGGCUCUGCACCUGCAGGUCCACCACAGCCGCAAGGCCCGGGGGCGCCGCCCUGUCACGGCCCCCCCCGCACGGCCCCAUGCCUGCCUGGGGCAGGACGGGGAGCAGCCCCCACCACACCCCCAGGACGAGGGGCCUGGAGUUGGGGAGGAGCCCCCCACUGCCGUGGCCCACAUGUCCCAACAGCCCCCCGGAGCCCCCAUGGACACGGAGCCGAGUGAGAGGCAAGGGGAGCUGGAGCUGGCUUGAGGCAGCAGAGCAGCCAACUGGGGGCCCUGCUCUCCCCACGGGGCCUGGAGACCCCAGUGUCUGGGAGGGGCAGGGACAUGACCCCCCAAGUCCUCCCACUAGUGGGGCAAGGCGGACGCAGGGGCCUGUAGUGUAGACAUGAAACACUAACACUGGGCGGGAGAACUCGCUAGAAAGUAGACUCAUAGGGACAGUGAGCCAGCAGGGGAGGGAAGCCACGAGGGGGCAGAGAGUUGGGGGACAGAGAGCCACUGAUGGGGGAUAUGCCUGGUGAGGGCAGAGAACCAUGGGGAGUGGACAGCCCCUGCUGCCCUGCACCCGCUCCAGCCCCACUGGCUGGCAGGGGGCUGUGGCUAGCAGGGCGCUCUGGCUGAGUCGGGGUACCCUGACUGGCAGGGUACCAUGGUAGGGCACUCUGGGUGUAGUGGGGUGCUCUGGCUGGCCGGGGGCUGAGUCAGGGUGCCCUGGCUGGCAGGGGCCGGUGGCUGGCAGGGGGCUGUGGUGGGGUGCUCUGGCUAGCGGGGUGCUCUCCCCUGGGGUUGUGGUGGUAGUUUCCUAGUGUCUGUAGACGUCUCCGUUGUUGGUUCCAGUGUUGUCGUGCUAACAGAGGCCCUGGCGGAGGCUGUGGGUCAAUGCGGCUCUGGGACACGGAGUGCUGCCCACGAAGCGGGCCGAGCAGGGGCAGCCGUGUCCUGGGGAGGGCCAUGUCCAUGGAAGGGUCCCAGGGUGGGUGAGUGUCCACACCCUGGCCUUGUCUCCAUGGGGACUCAUGCUGUAGCGUGGUCUCCGUGGUGAUCGUUGUGUGGCCUCCCUCCUGUGGCCGCCGGUGCUCGGCGCUGUGGCCUCAUCUCCAUGGUGAUCGGUGCCAUGGCCUUGGCCCCGUGGCGAUGGUUGCUGUGGCAGCUGGACGAUCCGUAGAGUUCUCUAUUUUUUUUAUUCUUUUCUUGUAGAAAAUUCGAAACUGGAAAUAAAAAGAAAAAUGAA